AUGCGAGGGACCACGAAUACCUCUCGUAUCUCGGAUCAGCAUGUUGCACAGAAAGCGAGAAGAAAUCGCACGGCCGAGUCUUUGAGCUGUGGUGCUAGCCACCCAAACUCACUGUCAACCAUCCCCCAAGCCUCGAGAAGAUGGAAUGCGAAAUUAGGAUACGAUCACAAUAAACCCCUUCCACCGCCGCCUCCAGAUCUCCCGCAAGCCGGCAUGAAGACCACAGAUAUUCUAACAGCAUCUACGCAAAAGACUGACGGCAGUAAUAGCUCACGGGGGUCUUUGGGCGCAACAACUGUGAAUAUUGCCCCCCUCGGCCAGUGUAAUCAUGAGCAAACUAGCGAAGACACACACCGCUCAAAUCAUUCGUCUCAUACCGGAGGCGUUUUCUCGAUCCAGGAAUCGGGAAGCGUGGAACCUGCUCGCAUCGGGAUUCCCUAUGACAGUGAACAUGAGAAUGGACCUCUUAAAGACCCUUCUACGAUCUCAUUGGGUCCUCGUCAUGGUCAGGCUUUUGGGCUGGAUGCUUAUCGAUUAUGCGACCACAACGUCGUCCCCAGCACUGUUGGUGCAGGGUGUGAUGGCACAGACCCAACCAGCGAUUAUGAAUCCCUUCAGCAUCAAGGGGAUGCCGGUCAUAUAACACUCAUUCGCAGCCGUCAACGUCCAGAGAUGACCACGGACUUCACAGUUGUCGACUUUCUGCAAGAUGUGGAUGACCGAACUCUUGACUCCUCUUCUGUGUACUCACAAGACACGGGUACUACAGUCCAUAGGCCCCAGCUCAAAUCGAAGCAUAAUUAUUUGAAACUCUUUGAGCGGCUUGUCGAUGACGAUGGCGCUGUCAUUCUUGCUUCAGCCCAAUUGCCUCCAUUUGGUUCUUUUAUGAGCUUAAGGCGGCCAUGCAAAUUCCUCGUGCUCCGGUCAUUCAUCAUCAUCACACGCUCCUCACUCCACAUCUCUGUAAACAUGUCUCGAACAACGGAUGAUGGCUCCGGCGGACAAGUCGUUGACUAUGGCUUUCAAGUAGCAUCAUGCGGAUGGCCAUCCAGAUAUGAGUACAUGGCAGAUAUCCGAGCCUCAAGCCAGUCUUCUAGCAUCUCCGUCGACUUGCCAUCUGGCCAUAGCCCAGUUCACAAGAAUCGCUAUCCGCGAUUAACUCCCAUCUAUGAGGAGGCUACCACGUCCCAAUCUGCAUAUUCAGUUGCGAAAAUGGAACUUCCAUCAUCAUCUCAAUCGUCUGCUUCCAGCCACGGUGUGGCCGAAACAGAUUAUACGCGACCUUCUCUCACAGUAACUUCUCGCCAACACCAUCAAUUUAAUGUCGAACGAUCUACAAUGAUCAUUCGGUCGGAAGAUAUCCUUCCAUUAUUGUCAAUUCCGCGAUUCUUCGAGGUCGCAGAAUCACUGCAACUCCCAGGGGACCAUUGGUGCACGUUGGUAAGAUCCGGACUCUAUCUUGGUGGAACAUUAGAGACAUGGCUAUGCGAAGCGUCUGGCAUCGAAAUGUGCUCAAACCAUCCCUUAGGAUCCUCUAGCACGACCGCAGAAGAAAUAUCUCAUCCAUCAAUGCUGGCUGCAAUUCGCGUGUCCUCACCUGACGAGUGGUCGCCUUUUUGGGAGCAUCCAUGCCGCUUAGUUUUCGGCAUUCUCUUGGGUCUGAAAUCUUGCUAUCCACGACCUCCUCAUCGAGCAGGUGAUGGUAACUCAGGAAAUCGAGGAGAGAGCAGGGAGUUUGAGGUCUCCUCAAUGGGAAGUAUCCGGCUCAUCCGAAGCACCGUAGACAGCAAUCGCCCACCAUUCCGAUCACGGAUGCUAUUUCAGAACCUCCCGUCUCAAUGCGUAGGGCAUUAUCGUGGACAUCUGCAUAAGUGUAUAUGUAUUGUUUCUGUACCCAUCACCACUGAGAGUACCGACAGGACCGGGUAUGGCGAAUAUACUAGUGAUUCACAAGGUUCCGAUGGACAAGUGGACUGCAAUAGUGUGAAUGAGCAAGCUGCAGCUGUCAAGCGCAGCAGAGAAGAUAGUGAAGUCACGGAUCUGCCUCAAAAGCAGGCCCGACUAACAGGAACAUAG